AUGCUCGCCCUACCUGCCCGGUAUGGGCGAUGGGUCCCGAUUCUGGCCCCAGUGACUCUCAUCCUGCUCUUCCUCCACCUAAACGCCGGCCUGAGCACGCAAAAAGCUCAAGUCAUCCUCGAGCCAGAGCUCAAACCACCAACAAAUAAUGAAACCGACUCUAUCAUACAGGCAGAUACAAACACAACCUUGACACCAGAAACAGAAACACCGACAUCGCAACCAUGCCGCCCACUGCCGGGCAUCGAAAAUGUCUUGGUGAUAAUGAAAACGGGCAUAACCGAAGCCCUGGACAAAGUCCCGGUGCAUCUCCGCACGACGUUACGCUGUAUCCCACACAAACUCAUCGUAUCCGAUUUCAAAGAAGAAAUCGCCGGCAUCCGCACCCAUGACGUCUUCCGGAACGUUAGUGAAACGCUCCUAACGAAUAGCGACUUUGCCCUCUACAAUCGUGCCCGCGCCGGCGGCCGCGAUGCUCUCCUCCAGUCCGACCUGACCAAAGUCGCCAACAGUGCAGCCGGCAUGUCGGACAACCCCGGGUGGAAAUUGGAUAAAUGGAAAUUCCUGCCCAUGAUCCAAGAAGCACGGGCGUAUCGCCCGGACAUGCAGUGGUACUUCUUUCUCGAGGCUGAUACGUACCCGAUCUGGCCGAACGUGCUCGCCUGGCUGGACCAGUUUGAUUCGACCGAGAAGUUGUAUCUGGGGAAUCAGAUGCAAAUCGGGGAUGUGAUUUUUGCGCAUGGCGGGUCCGGGUUUGUCUUGUCGCAUGCUGCGUUGCAUGCGGUGGCGGAGUAUCAUUCCGGUCAGGUUGAUCGGUGGAAUUAUUUGACGGAGACUCAGUGGGCGGGGGAUUGCGUGUUGGGCAUGGCGCUCGGACAGGUCGGGGUGGAUUUGACUUGGUCCUGGCCGCAUUUUACGACUCAGUCGGUUUGGGAACAGGAUGCGUUGGGUGAGGCAUUCGGCAAGGUUCAGUGGUGUUAUCCUGCUUUGACGUUUCACCAUAUGAUGCCCACGGAUAUCGAUCGCUUGUACGAGUUUGACCGGAGGUGGUUCUCCAACGAAAACAACACUGUCCUCUUAUACAGCGAUAUCUUCCGCAACUUCAUCCGCCCCAUGCUCGCCGACCGACUCGACAAUUGGAGCAACUUUGCCAAUGAUGAAGUCAAGCACGAACCUGAGAACCCAGCGUCCGAGCCCGAAUCCAUCAACCAAUGUGCCGAACGUUGUGCCCGAACCGCGGGCUGCCUCCAGUACCGCAUGGACGCCGACGGUAAAUGCUAUACGUCAGAAUGGGCCCUGCGCGGUCUUCCAAGUCCCGGCGUAUGGUCGGGAACGAUGAUGUGGCGCAUCGAUGCUGCUAUACAACAGAAGGGCCUAUGUGAGAGGCCCAUGUGGGUAUUGGAAUAG